UCUCACUUUAGCUCAAGCUGAUUUGGAACUCUGCUCCCAAGUGGCCUCGAACUCGCAGCGAUCCUUCUACUUCCGCCUUCCUAGUUCUGGGAUUAAAGGUCUGCGCCACUACCAAUGGCUGGCAACACUGUUGCUGAGACAGUCUCAGAACAUGAAUGAUUGGAUGCCCAUUGCCAAGGAGUAUGACCCGCUUAAAGCUGGCAGCAUUGAUGGCACAGAUGAAGACCCUCAUGACCGUGCAGUCUGGAGGGCCAUGUUGGCCCGAUAUGUUCCCAACAAAGGUGUCACUGGAGACCCCCUCCUCACCCUGUUUGUGGCUAGACUGAACUUGCAGACCAAAGAGGACAAAUUAAAGGAAGUCUUCUCCCGCUAUGGUGACAUCCGGAGGCUCCGUCUGGUGCGGGACUUGGUGACUGGCUUCUCCAAGGGUUAUGCCUUUAUAGAAUACAAAGAGGAGCGUGCACUGAUGAAGGCUUAUCGAGAUGCCGACGGCCUGGUGAUUGACCAGCAUGAGAUAUUCGUGGACUAUGAGCUGGAGCGGACCCUCCGUGGCUGGAUCCCACGGCGGCUGGGGGGUGGCCUGGGUGGGAAAAAGGAAUCUGGGCAGCUGAGAUUUGGGGGACGGGAUCGGCCUUUCCGAAAACCCAUCAGCUUGCCAGUUGUUAAGAACGACACCUAUAGAGAGGGGAAAAGGGGACACAGGGAGCGAUCUCGGUCUCGAGAUAGACACUGGGACUCCAGGCCCAGGGAUCGAGACCAUGACAGGGGCCGAGAGAAGAGGUGGCAAGACAGAGAGUUGACCAGAGCGUGGCCAGAAAAUGACUGGGAAAGAGAGCGGGACCUUAGAGAAGACAGGUUCAAGGGGAGGGACAAGAGGGACAGAAGCAAGGAGAGGUCCAGCAAUAGAACAUGAGAAAAAUGUAAUUGUUUUUAUGUGCAGUGUAAUGGUGGAAUAAAGCCUGAUGAGAGUUUGGAA